AUGACGAUUACAAGUCUGGAAGGUAGCAGGCCACGACAAAUUCGCUGCUUCUUUGGUCAGAAGAGGAUGUUUCGCAUACGGGAUAUGUUCAAUUGGUCUGUUGAGGUUGGAUGGGACGAGUUUUUGUUCCAGGGCGUGAAAAACAUGGAGAGUGAAGCAUCAUUCUACGAGCUAAUGUCAAGCCUGCCCGAGGAUGAAGAGUCGCACACUGGCGGGAAUGCACCAGGGGAGUCAUUGGGCAUGGGAAGCGGUCCAUCGAGCUCGAAUAUUCCAAUUGUUAUCGACGACUCGGACUAG